UGUCAGCAUUUUGUCUCAUAUAUUGCCAAGUUUAUACAUAUUAACGUAUUAUAUGUAAGUGUGUUUACAUUAGAUAUACAUUGGUAUUUUCCUUCUCGUGAGAGAUUUUUUUUUUAAAGAUUAUUUUAAUUAAUCUUAAUAGAAAUCGUGAAAGAAGAUUAUUUUAAAUCUUAGUGCUAGUGUUAGUAGAAAUAAUUAAAUAAUAUUAGCAAUUAAGAUGGCAAAAUAUAUAAAUGCAUCAGAUGGAUUUAGUCUUAGAGAUUUAACAUUAAAAGAGGGACUUGUAUUUGAAGUCACAAAUGAUUAUGAAAAUUUUGAUGAAGAAGAAUUUGGUUAUUCUGAAGAUUUGCCAUUAACUAAUGAAGAGGCAUUAAAUCUUCUAAAUAUGAAUGAUUUUGAAGAUGAAGAUGAAGAUGAUUGUAAUGAUGCUAAUAUAAACAAGCAAAUUACAGUUUGUGGUAUUAGCUUUGAACAAUUAAAAACUAAUAUGACUGAUAUUUUUGGAAAUGGAAAAGUUAUGAAAUUAAUAAAACAAAAAGGUGUUGGAUCUAUUGUGCCAUAUGAUGCACAAAUUACUAUCAAAUAUAUAGGACAUUUUGAAUAUAGGGAUGAACCAUUUGAUUCUAGUUUUGCUCGUGGUGGUGCAGAAACUUUUCGUCUUAAUCAAGGCAUGUUAAUACCAGGUUUAGAGAUUGGUAUAACAACAAUGCAAAAGCAUGAAAUAGCUAUGUUCAUUAUACAUCCAGAUUUAGCAUAUGGAAAAUAUGGUUGUGCUCCUCGUAUUCCUCCUAACGAAGAAAUUUUAUUUAUUGUACAUUUGACUGAUUAUAUAGAUAAUGGAUCUAUUGAUAAUAUUAAAUGUUUAUCUUCAGAAGAAAGAAAACAACUUCCAAAUAUUGUUAAGAGUGUAAAUGCUAAAUUUAACACUGCCAAAGACUGUUUUAGUAAACAAAAAGUGAAACAGGCUAUAAGAGAAUAUUCAAAAGGACUUCAGUGGUUGGAAGAAGUAGAACUGAAAGAUCAGGAUGAAGAAGAUGAAGUAAACAAAUUACUUUCAAGAGGCUACAAUAAUCUUGCAGUUUGUUAUAAUAUUGCAAAUAUGCCACGUCGUGCUUGUAGUGCAUGCAAUAGAGUACCUACACCUACAGUUAAAACUCAUUUCAAUCAUGGACGGGCAUUAUUGAAAAUGGGAGAAUUUUCUAAAGCAAUGGAAAAAUUGCAAUUUGCUCUAAAAAUGGAACCUAAAAAUACGGAAAUUAUUAAGGAAAUUAGAAUUGCAAAUGAAAAACAAAGAAAAUAUAUGGAAAUAGAAAAACGUCUUUGGAGAAAUUGUUUAAAAAUUGAAGAGAAAGAAAAGAAACAAUUUUCUUCUUUCGAAAAAGCUGCGCACGAAAUGUGUAAAGCUUUUUCUGAAGAUAAUCAAAUCUUAAGACAACCGCUACCUGAAUGUUUAACACCUGAAGAAGAUAAAUAUAUACGUGAACAAGCUGCAUUUUUCGGUCUUACUGUAACUACGCACCAAAGAUAUGGAAGGGAAAUAACAUAUCUUAACAAACCUAAUUAUUAGAAUUUAAGUAUUAUUUUAAUUAAAACAAAUUAUAUAAAUAUGAAAUAAUAAAUAUAUUUUUAUAU